UCCACAAGUUAUCUCGACAGUUGGAAGUGACGGUUCGUAUUGCUCUAUUUAGUCUCUCUUUCCCGUUGAUUUUCACCGUGUUUCAAUCGUCAAUCUAUUGCAAUGAUCGUCUCAUGUCGCCAUGGACCCGGAAGAUGAUGGCUUGGUCCCCUUCGGAGCCAACCCGUUUGAUCCGCAUUUUGCAUCCAACAGUCCAUUUUCUUUUGGCGCUCAUUCGAUAACAUCCCCACAACAUGAUCCUCCGAAUUUCUAUACGAAGCCUUGGGCUCCUUAUGGCUUCCCUCCUCCUGCGGGCCUCCCUCCUCAUCGAUUCCCUCCUCCCCCUCCUCCCCCUCCUCCUCAAGGCUUCAUGUCCCCUCCGGGGGGUUUCUCAACCCCUGACCUCCAGUCAUAUACCGGGCCGCCAUAUCCUCCCUAUUACGCACACAACUACGGAAACGUCGAUGCCUUCACAUCCGUACCGGAUGGCUACUUCAGGUCAAGUCCGGCGUUGUAUCCGUAUCCGAGACCGACAAGAGCGCCAUCCCCGCCUCUAGAACCACCACGGUCCCCGUCCCUCCCACGAGCACCACCGACAGUGCGUUUUGCCUCUCCUCCAGAAUAUCCGCAAUUGCGUGGGUUCCCUAGGCCGUUGUCAUUGUCGCCGCCCCCGCCCCCCCGGCCGCGUGAUCGUUCGAGAAGCUCGCCCUUAUUCCGCCGAGAGAGAUCACUCGAGCGCUCGUCACGAAGUCGAAGUACCUCACUGCCGUCUACGCUCACCUCGGAUGAAUGGGAGGAGUACCCAGGGAGUACUCCUGCAAAAUCGCAAGCGCAGUCGCGGAACGAAUCCAGGCCAUCAUGGCUCUCAUCAACGUCGUUGAUCACGCCCUCAGUCCCACGGCCGGUGCCAGCGCGCCAGCCUCCUUCAUACCCAAUUGCACACCCCGUUCCGCCUUCCCGGGUGAGCAGCUUUCCACUGCCCCAGGUAGCCGGGUUUCAGCGACCGCAACGAGCGGAUCUUGAUUGGCAUCAGUUUAACCGGGUGGUUCCUUUGUCUGGUGGCCGGAAUGGCCGGAAAUCAAAGGGCGCGAAAAAGUCGGACGGAAAUGGCUCGCCAACAUGGAGAAAAGACAAGUUCCCGAAGCAUCGGAAUUUAGUGUGGAACCCGACAAGCUCGUACGGCCACCCUGGCCAAUGGCCGGAUACGGAGAGCACAACUCGUGAAGGACGGAAUCAAGCGCUCUACGUCCUGGAGUCCAAGUGCUACACCGAUCAUAAUGGUGACCAAACCACUGAUUUGACGUGUGCUGCAACUGGCCCAGAGCUCGGAGAAAUGGGUGACGAGAUCCAGUUUCAGUGGCUACACCUUCAGCGACAGACGAUGAGUCUCGACGAAAUGCAGGUAUGUGAUUAUACUGUGGGAAAUUAUUAUCAGGGGGCUGAUAUUUCUCCUAGCGCUUCGUUCAAGGAGCUCGAGGACUCACCAGGACCAUGAAGGCGCUAGGAACCUCAAUUCUCGACGAAAUUAAUAGAGUCUACGUGAAGCAGUCGACGCAUGGACGAUAUGUGGAACCAGGAACAGUGCUGAGACAUGUCGGUCAAAACCAAGGUCCAAACAGCCCUGCGGUUGUCUUUGCGUCAUUUCCAUACUUUGCAAUAUCAGAUCGGCCUAUGGCCGCUCCAUCUGCCUAUCCAGAUGUCU